CUAUGCAACUUGCUAUUACGUUCCGAGGGAAAAAUAAAAUGGUUGAAGGGGACUACUUUGAAGUUCAUUUUGAAAAGAUUAGUUAUGGAGCUGUUGGCAUGGGGCCUUUACAAUUUAACAAAAACCAAGAUAUUGGCGGAGUGGCUGGAUCUUUUGUUUAUGCCUCAAACGGGAAAAUGUUUUCUAAUGGAAAGCAAAACAAAAAAUAUCAAUCGAUUUUUGGUUCUAAUGAUGUUAUUGGCUGCGGAUUAAAGAAGAGUAAAGGCUUAAUCAAGAAGUGCUUGCCUGGCGAUGAUUUCCGCAUUUUCUUCACCUUAAACGGAGCAAAACUUGGUAGGAAAAUUAAAUUUCUCUUUAAUUCUAAUUUUGUCAAUUUUCAGAUUACUCUUGUUCGAUCAAGGAUGUUGACAACCUUUAUCCUAUUGUAA